UGUCCGAAAUAGAAGAUAACAAUCCAGAUGGAGACCAACAGUUUUGAAGCGGGAAGAGAAGCUCUUCUCCCUCUCUCUCUUCAACUCCCAUGCUUUAUUUAGGACAUCUUCUCCUCUUCAUAUAAGCUCGCCCUCAUUUCAAUGGCGUCCCUCGCUUCCCCCAUUACUUUAUACAGUAAUUUAUCUCCAGUAUCUUCCUGCAUUUUAUCAUCUCCACUUCACUUGCAAUUCUUCAAGCAUCCACAAAAGACCCAACUGAAAUUCAAGAGAUUUCAUAAGACUUCUCCGGUUAAUUACAAACAAGAAGAAAUUGCUCUUUUGAACAAAAUUUUACCUGUUUCCAAUGACUUGUUGGAAAUUCCGGUGGUAAUGGGGCUCAAGAAACUUGGGGGUGGUCUUGAGAAGAAUAAAGUUUUUCCAGUUUUGAGGAGAAAGGUUAUGGCUUUAGUGUUAUCUGGUUUUGUGUUUUCGCAAGUGGAUUCAUUAGAUAUGGCCUUCGCAGAGCUGUCUACUGUGUUUAGGGAAUAUGUUGAUACAUUUGAUGGGUAUACCUUCAAGUAUCCACAAAAUUGGAUUCAAGUAAGAGGUGCAGGUGCAGAUAUAUUCUUUAGGGACCCAUUUGUUCUUGAUGAGAACCUCUCUGUGGAAAUGUCCUCCCCAUCUUCUUCGAAAUUUAAGAGUGUUAAAGAUUUGGGUGCUCCCCAAGAAGCCGGUGAGAAAGUAUUGAGGCAAUAUUUGACAGAAUUCAUGUCAACAAGAUUAGGGGUUCGACGUGAGUCUGACAUUCUUUCCACUUCCUCAAGAAUUGCAGAUGAUGGGAAACUGUACUAUCAAGUUGAGGUAAACAUAAAAUCGUAUGCAAGCAACAAUGAGUUGGCAGUCAUGCCAAAAGAUCGAAUCCCCCGCCUUGAGUGGGACCGGCGUUACCUUGCAGUUCUUGGUGUAGAGAACAACCGAUUAUAUGAGUUGAGAUUGCAGAGCCCUGAAAAUGUCUUUGCAGAAGAGGAAAGAGACUUACGCCAGGUCAUGGAUUCUUUCAGAGUCGUAAAGGUGGCGGACUGAUUGCUGAUCAUACUUAGUUUCAUACUCUCUCUCUCUCUCUCUCUCUCUCUCUCUCUACACCUGGGGCCUCGGCAGAUAUGGAGGUUGUUCUGGUUUUGGAAUGGAUGAGGUUGUAUUGAGCUCAUAUCAAUGAGUUGUCCCUUGUGAUCUGCUUAGAAGGGAAAUUUCAUGAAAAAACCAUGAUUCAUUUCCCUCAGGUGGGGUGUGUGUGUAUGAGAGAAAGAGAGAGAGAGAGAGAGAGAGAGAGAGAUUUUAAAAAACCCGGGUUUUUGGACUGUCAGAUUUUAAUAUUUAGAAACUCAAAAUCAAAAUUUUUUUAAUGUUCAUGUCGAAGUUGAUUCUGACA